AAUGAAUUUAAAUGUGAAAUUAAAAUUAAAAAUAUACUAAUCUAAAUUCGAAAAUGAGACUGUUAUUUAUAAUUUAUUACGCCAGUUUUAUUUCUACUGGCUAUAACAAAGCACACGACACACCACUCGUCCUGACUACUUGGAAUUUUGUAAAUGCAAGUAUUGGUGCAUGGACAGUAUUAAAUGAAGGAGGUUCUUCACUAGACGCAAUUGAGAGAGGUUGUUCAAUAUGUGAAAGCGAACAGUGUGAUGGCACGGUAGGUUUUGGUGGAAGUCCAGAUGAAAAUGGUGAAACUACACUUGAUGCAUUAUUAAUGGAUGGGCAAACAAUGAAUGUAGGUGCAGUGGCUUCUUUGAGGCGUAUCAAAAAUGCUAUAUCAGUGGCUAGACAUGUGUUAGAGCACACAAAACAUUCAAUCCUUGUAGGAGAUGCCUCUACUGAGUUUGCAUUGCAAAUGGGAUUCAUUGAGGAAUCUCUAACAACUCGGGUUUCAAAGAAGAGUUGGACAGAAUGGCACAAUAAUAACCAUUGUCAGCCUAACUUUUGGGUGGAUGUCACUCCAGAUCCGAGGCAAUACUGCGGCCCAUAUGAACCCAGCAAAAUUAUCUUGAAACACAGAUCCAGCCCUGCUAAAGGUGAUCGGUACAAUCAUGACACUAUUGGCAUGGUAGCAAUAGACAAAAGUGGACAUAUGGCAGCUGGUACAUCAACAAAUGGUGCUAAAUUUAAAAUACCUGGGAGAGUUGGAGAUUCACCUAUCCCAGGUUCUGGCGCCUAUGUCGACGCUAAUGUAGGAGGUGCUACAGCGACCGGGGAUGGUGACGUCAUGCUACGAUUUUUACCAAGUUUUUUGGCUGUAGAAGAAAUGAGACGCGGAAUACCACCAAAAGAAGCAGCAGAAGCAGCUAUUGCAAGAAUAGCAGAAUAUUAUCCUAACUUUAUGGGAGCUGUGAUUGCAUUGAGAAAGGAUGGAGUAUAUGGCGCGGCGUGUCACGGCUUAGGAGAUCAACCAUUUCCAUUUGUUAUCCAAUCUUCACCUGUUCAUACAAUAAAAUAUGUACAUUGCAUAUAAUGUUAAUAAAGAGUCUAUAUGUAUGUAUAUAAUUUGUUAA